AUGGCUCCUUUCCUCGAUCAGCCCCUUGAGGCUGGCGUCUCAUCAUCCACUGGUCCGGUCUCGAAGACCGAAUCCAAAUUCGUCCCUGACGACCAGCCCAAAUCCUCCAAAUCGCCAGUCCCACCUGUCUACGAGUUCGACGCGAGGACGUGUACCGCGACGGACCUGGUCGAGGCCUUGAAAGUGUCGGGAGGUGUCGUUGUCCGCAACAUGUUGAAGCCCGAAGAGGUGGCGCAGAUCGACGCCGACGUCCGCCCUUGGCUGGACCAAGACGUUCCCUGGAAUGGAGACUUCUUCCCGCCCGAGACACGCAGGGCGUUCGGCCUCGUGGGGAAAUCCAAGACGUUUGCGACCAGGUUGGUCGGGCACGAACUGUGGCUGGAAGUGGUGGACGCUCUCUUGACGAGUGAGGUCAGCAGCUGGGUCGGCGACAAGAACGAGGCCAGCGUUUCCAAACCUCAACUCAACAACACCAUCGUCUUCAGCAUCGGCCCGGGUGCCCGAGACCAGUCUCUCCACCGGGACGACCUGAUCCAUCAUUGCCAACAUCGGUCUGUGGCCCACCACGAGAUGGGCCGAGACUCGGGCAUCGGACUCUUCGUCGCGGGCAAGAAGACGACCAAGGCGAACGGCGCGACCCGGUUCAUCCCCGGCUCCCACCUGUGGGACUACGGCGACGGGCCCGCGCGCGAGGACCAGACCAGCUACGCCGAACUGGACCCCGGCGAUGCCUUCAUCCUGCUGUCCGGCUGCUACCACGGUGGCAGCGCGAACCGGACCCGCGACGAGGAGAGGCUCGUCUUUUCCUGCUUCUUCACCCGCAGCUACCUGAGGCAGGAGGAGAAUCAGUACCUGGCCAAUGACUGGGACCGCAUCCGCGAGCUGCCGGACUGGCUGCAGGAGCGCGUCGGCUGGGGCCUGUCCCGACCCUUCUUGGGCUGGGUCAACUUGAGCAAUCCCAUGGUCCUGCUGCACCCCGAGGAGCAGAAGUACAAAGAUUUGUUUUGA